UUAUUGAUCCGUUAUCGGUCAGUGGUCACUCAGUGGCCAGUUGGUCACUCCGUGGUCACUCUGUGGUCACUCAGGAGUGGAAGCUGGACACGCUGUGUGACCUGUACGAGACGCUGACCAUCACCCAGGCCGUCAUCUUCAUCAACACGCGGCGCAAGGUGGACUGGCUGACGGAGAAGAUGCACGCGCGGGACUUCACCGUGUCCGCCAUGCACGGGGACAUGGACCAGAAGGAGCGUGACGUCAUCAUGAGGGAAUUCCGGUCGGGAUCCAGCCGGGUCCUCAUCACCACCGACCUCCUGGCCCGGGGCAUCGAUGUCCAGCAGGUUUCCUUGGUCAUCAACUACGACCUCCCGACCAACCGUGAGAACUACAUCCACAGGUGGGGGCGGGGCUAAAGGAGGGUG